CGCGCCGGCCGGCCGGCCUGGCUCCCCUCCCCGGCCCCGACGGGCGGGCGGACUGCCCUGAGGCGGCGGGGAGGGGAGGGCUGGGCCGGCCGGCGGGCGGGCAACGAUGCCGAACUUCUGCGCUGCCCCCAACUGCACGCGGAAGAGCACGCAGUCCGACCUGGCCUUUUUCAGGUUCCCGCGGGAUCCGGCCAGAUGCCAGAAGUGGGUGGAGAAUUGUAGGCGAGCAGACUUAGAAGAUAAAACACCUGAUCAACUAAAUAAACAUUAUCGAUUAUGUGCCAAACACUUUGAGACCUCUAUGAUCUGUAGAACUAGUCCUUAUAGGACAGUUCUUCGAGAUAAUGCAAUACCAACAAUAUUUGAUCUUACCAGUCAUUUGAACAACCCACACAGUAGACACAGAAAACGAAUAAAAGAAUUGAGUGAAGAUGAAAUCAGGACACUGAAACAGAAAAAAAUUGAUGAAACUUCUGAACAAGAACAAAAACAUAAAGAAACCAACAACAGCAAUGCUCAGAACCCCAGUGCAGAAGAGGGGGGUGAAGAACAGGAUGAGGACAUUUUACCUUUAACCCUUGAAGAGAAGGAAAACAAAGAAUACCUAAAAUCUCUGUUUGAAAUCUUGAUUCUUAUGGGAAAGCAAAACAUACCUCUGGAUGGACACGAGGCUGACGAAAUCCCAGAAGGUCUUUUUACUCCUGAUAACUUUCAAGCACUGCUGGAGUGCCGGAUAAAUUCUGGUGAAGAGGUCCUGAGAAAGCGCUUUGAGACAACAGCGGUGAACACAUUGUUUUGUUCAAAAAUACAGCAGAGACAGAUGCUAGAGAUCUGUGAGAGCUGUAUUCGGGAAGAAACUCUCAGGGAAGUGAGAGACUCACACUUCUUUUCCCUUAUCACUGAUGAUGUAGUGGACAUAGCAGGGGAAGAGCACCUACCCGUACUGGUGAGGUUCGUGGACGAAUCUCAUAACCUGAGAGAGGAGUUUGUGGGCUUUCUGCCCUAUGAAGCUGAUGCAGAAAUUUUGGCUGUGAAAUUUCACACUACAAUAACUGAAAAGUGGGGGCUGAAUAUGGAGUAUUGUCGUGGCCAGGCUUACAUUGUAUCCAGUGGGUUUUCCUCCAAAAUGAAAGUUGUUGCUUGUAGACUUUUAGAGAAAUAUCCCCAAGCUAUCUACACACUUUGCUCUUCCUGUGCCUUAAAUAUGUGGUUGGCAAAAUCAGUGCCUGUUAUGGGAGUAUCUGUUGCAUUGGGAACAAUUGAGGAAGUUUGUUCUUUUUUCCAUCGAUCACCACAACUGCUUUUAGAACUUGAUAAUGUAAUUUCUGUUCUUUUUCAGAACAGUGAAGAAAGGGGUAAAGAACUGAAGGAAAUUUGCCAUUCUCAGUGGACAGGAAGGCAUGAUGCUUUUGAAAUUUUAGUGGACCUCCUGCAAGCACUUGUUUUAUGUUUAGAUGGUAUAAAUAGUGACACAACUAUUAGAUGGAAUAACUGUAUAGCUGGCCGAGCAUUUGUCCUCUGUAGUGCAGUAACAGAUUUUGAUUUCAUUGUUACUAUUGUUGUUCUUAAAAAUGUCCUCUCUUUUACAAGGGCCUUUGGGAAAAAUCUCCAGGGGCAAACCUCUGAUGUCUUCUUUGCAGCCAGUAGCUUGACUGCAGUACUACAUUCACUAAAUGAAGUGAUGGAAAAUAUUGAAGUUUAUCAUGAGUUUUGGUUUGAGGAAGCCACAAAUUUGGCUGCCAAACUUGAUAUUCAGAUGAAACUCCCUGGGAAAUUCCGCAGAGCUCAGCAAAGUAACUUGGAACCUCAGCUAACCUCUGAGAGUUACUAUAAAGAAACCCUAAGUGUUCCAACAGUGGAGCACAUUAUUCAGGAACUUAAAGAUAUAUUCUCAGAACAGCACCUUAAAGCUCUUAAAUGUUUAUCUCUGGUACCCUCAGUCAUGGGUCAACUCAAAUUCAAUACGUCAGAAGAACACCAUGCUGACAUGUACAGAAGUGAUUUACCCAAUCCUGACACGCUCUCAGCUGAACUUCAUUGUUGGAGAAUUAAAUGGAAACAUAGAGGGAAAGAUAUUGAGCUUCCAUCCACCAUUUAUGAAGCCCUCCACCUGCCUGACAUCAAGUUUUUUCCUAAUGUGUAUGCAUUGCUAAAGGUCCUGUGUAUUCUUCCUGUGAUGAAGGUUGAGAAUGAGCGCUACGAAAAUGGACGAAAGCGUCUCAAAGCAUACUUGAGGAACACUUUGACAGACCAAAGGUCAAGUAACUUGGCUUUGCUUAACAUAAAUUUUGAUAUAAAACAUGAUCUGGAUUUAAUGGUAGACACAUAUAUCAAACUGUAUACAACUAAGUCAGAGCUUCCUACGGAUAAUUGAGAAACCAUUGAAAAUACCUAAGAGACUUUUAAAAUAGGCUUUCUCUUGUAUUCCCUAUUUGAAAGAAGAGCUGUAAGGUGUAUGUUGGGCACUUAAUCACUGAUUAUCUUUGCCUAUAGGCCUCCAUUGACUAGUUUAACCAUUGAUAAUCUACCUAUUUGAAUGGCCCCUGUUUGAACUCUCAUGCUUUGAAGACCUAUCUGUUCUUCCAGAAGAUAGCGUUGAAAGUGCCCCGUUUUACUUCUUUGUGAUCUCUGCCGGUGGCACUCUGGGAGUGUUUUAGUUAAGUCAUUUUAGACAUAACAUUUACUAUCACGGUAGAUCCACAUCAGAUAUUGAGUUAUAAAUUCUUUGAAGAAAUAAAUUUUGAGGAGGUGUGGGAGGAAGUAAUACAUUUUAUAAUGAAGCCCAUGAUUGACCUUUGGCUAGUAGAAGUUUUAAAUAUAUUGUUAAAAAUCUGUAAUGGACAGUCAAAAGAAAUUAUCAAAGAGAGAAGCUUGUGAGCUCAUCAAACAAGGAUUUCAUUGUAGAUUUUAUCUUUAUCAAAUGAACUUAAAGGAACAAGUGACAAAGUUUGAAUGGAAGAGCCUGCCAUUGUUGUUCCACAUCUGGUUGUUGCUGUUUACAUUCCUUUGUUGAGCCUACAUCUUCAUAAGCUUUUUAGCAGAUGUAUGUUGGACAUUUCCGUUUCAUGGUUAGGACAAAAUCAGGCCAUGAAUACUGACAACUGACUUGUCUUUUUCUUCUGUCUUUUUCCAUGACUUUACUGCCUCGUCUUGUUUUAUAAGCAAAACCUGGAAAAGCUACAAAAAUAAAUGUUUUGUGGUUUAUCUAGAAAUAAUAUGGAAAAUAUUGCUGUUAUUUUUGGUGAAGAAAAUAAAUUUUGUAUAGUUUAUUUCAAUCUAAAUAAAAUGUGAAUUUUGUUUAAA